AUGCCUUCCGAAUCCGUCCCAGUAAGGUGGCUGGAGCCGCCGCCUCAACACCAGCACGGGACAACUUUCGGCCUACCUUGGCACAGAGGCAGAUAUAGAUCAGGUGAUGCCGCAUUCACUUGCACCACCCCAGACGGUCAAGAAAUCCCACUUCAAUCUUGGGUCACCGCCUACUGGCCCGACGACUCCAUCAAAUGGACUGCGCACGCAAUCCCUGCUGGUGACGCACCAAAAGACGGAUACAUAGUCCACGCCACGCCAAACGAAGAAAGAAAGGAGCCCCGAGAACCCCAAACCAGCCUCCGCGUCCAAGACUCCCCCGACGCCAUCACCGUCUCGACCGGCGAAAUCACCGCCACCUUCCCCAAAACCGGCCGCACCCUCAUCUCCCGCAUCGUCAACGCCGCCGGCCGCACCGUCAGCACCAACGGCCACCUCGUCCUGCUUACCCAAUCCGGUAUCCUCGACGACGACCUUCCCUCCACACCCAUCACCUACCACAAACUCACCAGCACCAUCGCCUCCACCACCAUCCUCCACCACGGCCCCAUCCGCACCACCGUCAAAAUAACCGGCCACCACGCCCCCCUCCCCCACGACGACGACAACAACAACCACCACCGCCACGAUGAACAAGAAAAACAAAGAGAAAAAGCCGAAACCCCCCAAACCCUCCCCUUCACCCUCCUCAUCCACCUCUCCGCCUCCUCCCCCCUCCUCCGCCUCCACCUCACCCACACCCUCUCCUCCCUGACCAGCCCCCGCUCCGACGCCGAACCCAAUCCCAAUCCCAAUCAACACCCCCACCCCCAAACCCAAACCCACAUCCGCGGCCUCUCCCUCCGCCUCACCGUCCCCCUCUCCCCCGCCCUCCCAUUCGACCACCACAUCCGCGCCACCUCCACCACCGCGUCCCGCCCCAACCCCUCCCCCUCCCCCUCCUCCCCCCCGCUCCUCCUCCUCUCCGAAGCCGCCCAAGGCCUCACCGGCCUCUGGCACGACCCGGUCGGCCCCGAGGCGCGCGCGGCGCAGGUAAACGGGCUGCCCGUGCCCGUUCCCUCGCUGGGUGAUCAGACGCGUAGCGGCGGCGAGGGGUCGCUGCGAUGGGUGCCCGUGUGGCGGGAGUGGCGGGUGGUGCAGGGUGGGCCGGGCGGGAAUGCGGCGCAGGUGCGGAAGAGGACGGGGAGGGGGAGGGGGUGGGUGGGGGUGCCGCCGAGGGCGAGGGAAGCGGAGGGGUCGGUGUCGCGGGAGGACAGGGAGGAGGAGGGGGAGGGGGAGGACCAGGGGGGAAAUGUGUUCGGGGGGGUGGCGUAUGUGGGGGCGGCGGGGAGGGGCGGGGUGGCGGUGGGGUUGAGGUGGGCGUGGGAGAGGUGGCCGACGGGGGUGGAUGUGCGGGCGGGAGAUGACGAGGGCGAGGGCGAGAUUACGGCUUGGGUGUGGUGUCCGCACGCGGGGGGGCCGAUGGACGUGAGGCCGUGGCGGGGGUCGUUGGGGGAGGAGGGGUAUGCGGACCAGUUGGAGGCGAUGCGGGUGACGUAUGAGGACUGGGAGGAGGGCAUGGGGAGUCCCGAGGGCGUGGCGCGCACGAGCGAGCUGUGCGUGCUGGCGACGGGGGCCACGCCGGGGGACGCGGAGCUGGCGGCCUUGACGGGCGUCGUGAGGGAGCCGCCCGUGCUGGUGGCGUGGGCGGAGCGGAUCCGCGAGACGGAGGCGCUGGGGACGUACUGGUCUCCGGCAUCGUCGCGGGAGCUGGCGGACGGCGGCUUGCAGCGGGAUUUGGAUGCAAAGCUGGAUUUCCUGUUCAAUUUCUACAAAGGGCAGGUGGAGCAGCGGAAGUGGUACGGCUUUUGGGACCAUGGAGACAUCAUGCAUACCUACGACGCGGAUCGGCAUACCUGGAGAUACGACGUGGGCGGCUACGCUUGGGACAAUUCCGAGCUCUCCCCUGACCUGUGGCUCUGGUUGUAUUUCCUCCGCACCGGCAGAGCAGACGUGUACCGGAUGGCUGAGGCGCUGACCAGGCAUACCGGAGAGGUCGACGUCUAUCACCUCGGAAAAUACAAAGGUCUUGGAACACGCCAUGGUGUGCAGCACUGGAGCGACAGCUGCAAGCAGGCUCGCAUCUCCAAUGCUUUGUACCGAAAGUUCUUCUACUACCUCUCCGGCGGAGAUGAGAGGGUCGGGGACCUGAUGGAAGAAACACUGGAGACUGAGAAGACUUUCCUCAUACUGGAUCCGUACCGCAAGGUCAGGAAAGAUCGAGACACAUACCGGCCUGACCCGAAGGCGCUUACCAUCUCUCUGGGGACCGACUGGUCUGCGCUCGCUGCAGCGUGGUUCGUCGAGUGGGAAAGACGUGGCCCGACGUGGAAGGAAUCCAGGAACAAGCUUCUUGCCACGAUGAGGGGGAUCGGUUCCCUGAAAAACGGCUUCGUUACCGGCCAGGUCACUUACAACCUCCUCACAGGAGAGAUACUCCCACCGGCCGAGGAUCCGGAGAACAAGGGCGUUGUGAAAGUGUCCCAUCUUUCGGCCAUGUUCGGGCUGUUUGAGAUCUGUGCCGAUAUCAUAGAUUCGCUUGGGGAUGAUACACCUCCGGGGUUCAAAGAAGCUUGGUUAGACUAUUGCCGCCACUUCAAUUCUCCGGCUGCAGAACAGACGGAGCGCUUUGGGGUCGAUUUUGGAAACUUGCAGCUGAAGCAAGGUCACUCGCGGCUAACUGCAUACGCUUCUCGAGAACUUGAUGAGCCAUCUCUAGCCUCGCGUGCCUGGAACGAACUCCUUCUCAGUGAUGGAUAUAGAGUGGAUGCACCGUGGGUCACUCAGAAGGUCGGCGGCCAUGGAGUUGAUGAAGCACCGUGGAUUUCAACCAACAUCACCUCUCUAUAUGGGCUGGCGGCAAUUCAAAACUUGGCCAUACUAAGAGACGAGGGAGCAAGGAGCUCAGCAACUGAGCUGUGA